UCGACUACAGGCUCAGGCCGCUGGGGGCAGAAUGUAAGUGGAUGAUGUCACAGAGGCUGGGGGCAUCUAGAACCCUGAGGGGUCCUGGCCUCGGUGCCGUCUGCCAGCAAGGCCACCUGGCAGGUCAGUUCCUCCUGAGACCAGCCUUCAAAGACACAAUGCAAAGGCGCCUGCCACCCGGAGCAGUUCCUGCCUAGGGCCGCCCGGGUCCCAGCCGCUCUGCUUACCUGCCUCUGAGCCUCCCAUUUAAGCUACUUCCAUUCCAGCCUGGGAGGCCCCGAGAUGCCCAAAGGCCUCCCAUCUGCCACCCCCAGUGGGACCUAGUUCACUCGGAGCAGGAGGAGGAGGAAGGGCGGGGUGGCCAUGGGGCGGCAGCGGCGGGCCCUGGCCCUGAGGGCGGUCAAGGCCUCCCUGGUCCUCUUGGCGCUGCUGGUGCCCUCGCAGGCGGUGGUGCGGGCCGUGCUGGAUGGCAACGCGAGCACAGUGGACUUCGCGGACUUGCCGGCCAUGUUUGGCGCGCCCCUGGCCCCCGAGGGUGUGCGGGGCUACCUGAUGGAGGCCAAGCCGGCUAACGCGUGCCACCCCAUCGAGCGCCCGCAGCCGGUGGGCAAUGGCUCCCUGGGCGCCAUCGUGCUCAUUCGGCGCUACGACUGCACAUUUGACCUGAAGGUGCUGCACGCCCAGCAGGCCGGCUUCAAGGCCGCCAUCGUGCACAACGUCUUCUCGGACGACCUGGUGCGCAUGGCCCACGUCUACGAGGACCUGCGGCACCAGAUCUCCAUCCCCGCGGUGUUCGUGAGCGAGGCCGCCUCGCAGGACUUGCGGGUCAUCCUGUGCUGCGACAGGUCCGCCCAGGUCCUCUUGCUGCCCAACUACCCGCCGUGCCCGGACCUGGACUGCCAUCCCGUGCUGGCCAUCUCCUGGGUCCUGGGCCGCACCCUGGCCCUGCUCAUGUCCACCUUCUUCAUCCUGCGACACCUGUGGAACUGGCUGUGGUCCAGGUGGGCCUACGGGCCCGCCGUGGUCAAGGAGCCGGCCUGCCGGAGGGCCCAGGUCCGGACCUUCACGCGGCUCAACGACGUGUGCGCCAUCUGCCUGGACGAGUACCAGGAGGGCGAGCAGCUCAAGAUCCUGCCCUGCUCCCACACCUACCACUGCAAGUGCAUCGACCCCUGGUUCUCCCAGGCCGCCCAGCGCUCCUGCCCCGUGUGCAAGCAGUCGGUGGCCAGCACGGAGGACAGCUCCGACUCCACCAUCGACAGCUUCUGCGACGAGGAGCCCGCCCUGCUGGGCCACCAUGCCCCCAUCUGCGCCAUCCAGGCCCGGCUGCGCGCCCGGAGGCUGGCGCUGCUGGCCCGAGCCAGCCCACACCACUCCUGCAGCCCCACCUCCGUGGGGGGGGCCGAGGCGGCGGAGCCCUCUGAGCGGCCCCCAGACCCACUCUGAGGACCACAGACCGUGGCCGGCGAGGAGCGGGCUGGGGAGGGUAGCCAUAAGUGUUUCUUCUAGUCUGUAGAGAAUAAAAAUGGGUUUGAAAGCCGUUUGUGCCCUGGCUGCUGUGGGGCCACCCGCCUCUGGCCCCUCAUGCCACCCCCGUGAUGAAGGCAGGGGAGCCCA